AUGAAAGAAAAAGUGACGAUUUCUUUGGAUGGCGUUGUGGAUAUUCGUAAUUGCUUUCAUGCGUCUGCAGCGAUUUGCAGGAUGAAUCCGGAAAUGGAAUUAUGCGAAAGCCUGAGCAGGCUUCUGAGACACGGAGGUUCCAAAGUCGGUUUGCCGAUUUCAUCUGACGGAUUUGUGCGAAUAAAGCUGCAGUUUACGGCUGUGGACAUCUUCUCGGACAGAUUAAAGACCAGCACAAGGAUAAUGGUUGAAUCCUUCAAAGCAACUUGCAGGGCUUGCUUAGGGGAAAUUGAGGAGGCAAUCCAAGAAGUGAAGCGGGCACUUCAAAGGGAAAUGGAGCUGCAGCAGACGGUGAUGAAUCCGGAAAUGGAAUUAUGCGAAAGCCUGAGCAGGCUUCUGAGACACGGAGGUUCCAAAGUCGGUUUGCCGAUUUCAUCUGACGGAUUUGUGCGAAUAAGUGACAUUCUUCGUCUGAGGGGAUUUGCGAAAUGGAACUUCGAAGACGUUUUUUGUGUUGCUGAGCAGGAUAAAAUGACGAAAUUUUGCAUGAUAGAAAAAAAUGCGGGUGUUUUUGAAAUCAGGUCUCACCAGAAUGCACGUGACGUACAGCAGUUCCCUGAAAAUCUGGACUUUUUAUCUCUGCUGACAAAGAAGAAAGACAUUAUUCCUGACGAGGAACUCUUCGGAACCUACGAAGAAGCCGCUAAUUCUGGAAGAAAAUGGGUGCUAGAUCCAUCUUUCAGAAUGGAAAAAUCUCUGGCUUGGAUUCUGAGGGAAGGUGACCCGGAAUUCGGGAUACAAAUUCCUUCUGGUGAUGGAUUUAUGGAAGUGGACGACAUUCUCUCACAUCGAGAAUUUUCGCGAUGGAGGUUGGAGGACAUUAAAGUGAUCGUUGAAAAGGACAAAAUUCGGCGAUUUCAUCUGAGGAAGAAUCGUGCCGGUGCAUACGAAAUCAGGGCUAACCACGGCCAUAAAUUUCCUCUUGAAAAUCUGAAGUUGUCGCCGAUGCUUUCAAAGAAAGGCAUCCCUGGAGAAUUUGUUUAUGGGACUUCGAAAUUCAAGUGGAAAACAAUCAAGUCAGAAGGAAUCCGCCCUCUUGAGAACCGAAAUCAUAUUUUCUUGUGGUUGGUUGGUCUCAAAGCAGAAAAUCCCGAGAUUGAGAAGGAAGAGAUUAUACGUAUCAAACCCUAUUGGGAAAUUAUGAUCUACGUGGAUAUUGAGGCAGCCCUGAAGAGUGGAACACGAUUCUUCAAAUCACCGAAUGGACUCUGUAUGAGUCCUGACACCAUAAAACCGGAUUUCUUUGCGAAAGUGUUGAAUUUGGAUCGAAAUGAAGUUCAACGUCCAGAACUCGAAGAUGAAGAACUGCCUCCACCUCCGCUUGACGAAGAACCACCCUUCUUUGCUUCGGUUGGGGUCAGUCCAAUUGCCAAAACAGCAAAAACAACCUGGAAUUGGUAG